AUGCCGUCAUCAUCAAUCCGAAAAAAAGUUUGCGGUUUAAUACGUACUACGUUUUCAUCGAUAAGUGUUGCUGAUGACGAUAACGGUGGUGUUGAAAAUAGUAAAGAUGAUGACUAUGUAAAUAAUGACAAAAAUGUUAGAUGUAUUAGAAAUAAUGAUACUGUGAAAACUGCUGCAUCAAAUGCAUUAUUACGUAAUGGCUGCAGGGAUAAUAAUGGUUGCUCACCUCUGACCCCUACAUGCAGCAAUUCUUUUAUCACUCAGUGCAUCUUUAAUAGGAAAAAUUGUAUGAAAUAUGAGAUGGAAAUUUAUUCGGGCAAAACAGGGCUUGAUUUGCCAGUUCUGAUGUUGGAACCUCUUUCCAAAAAUGUGUGCGCUUCAUAUACUGGUCCAGAAGGUGGACUGACCGAGGUUGGUAGUAUGCGCCGACAGCCAAUUGUGCGAAUGGCUAAUUUGGAUGAUGAACUCUGUCUAAGUUUUGAUGGUGACUUAUCUGUGGAUAUCGGUGAUUCAGUAGAUAAUGAAUAUGAAACUCAGCUGCACAGUCAUCUCCGGCAGUCGUCGUCCGGUUUGAUUGGUUCAUGUAUUUCAUUGGUUGACUCACUUACUGCAGAAAGCGCGACACCGUUAUCAGAUACCAAUAAUUAUAACUGGGAAUGUUUCGAUGAAGAGCGUUGUUUUGGUAUUUCAACAUCGUUGUAUGAACGGAAUCCCUUAACAGGUGUUAAUGCUGGCAGUCCAAUAGCAGAUGCUUUUGGUAUUAUAGCCCGGGAUAACAAUGUGGUUAUGGCAUUGGCUGAUGGUGUAAAUUGGGGUGAAGGAGCUCGUCUAGCUGCACGAUGUGCUAUUCGAGGAGCUAUUGAUCAUCUCAACUGUCAUCUUUUUGCAGAAGAAUGCAGAACAACCACUGAGGUAUUUCAUAGCUUACUUGGAGCAUUUCAUUCAGCACAUGCUUUGAUUUUACAAGAAGGUGGAUUAUUGACAACUCUCUGUGUUGCUGUUGCAGUACAGUUAAAACAAAUAGAAACAUGGGUGCUUUGCGUUUGCAAUGUAGGAGAUUCUCUCUGUUUUGUUUAUAAUCCACAGACCGGUGUUCGAGAGGUGACAGUUGCUUCUCACGAUAUCUGCAGCAUGCGAGAUAUGCGUGAUGCAGGUGGUGCAUUAGGACCGGUUGAUGGUACCAAUCCUCAAUUGCAGAAUCUGACAUGUUCUAUGACAUUUGUCGAGCCAGGCAAGCACACUUCCUUAGGAUUUCAACAAACAAAUUUUUAUGAUGUUAUAUUUAUCACAUCGGAUGGUGUUUCUGAUAAUUUUGAUCCGGUGGUUGGAAAAUUUUGUGUUAUCAAGAAAUCGUCAGGGCCAGACAAUAUUAUAGAGGAUUGCAAAACAGUCGCAAUAUCAGUUGGUGGAGACGAAAAAAAUCGAGAUGCUGAAUUUGCACGUAUACGCACCUGCAAUGCCUCUCUUCCAUGUGUUGAUGCUGAACAGCGGCAUGAAUUAAUGUUGCUUAGGAUGAGUGAUAUCAUCUCGAAUGGUAUCCUCCCACCCAGUACGAGUUUUAGGCCCUUCCCAUUAUCCGAUUCAUUGGAGAGUACUCGUGUUGUUGUUAGUGCGAGCAAACUAUGUCAUAACCUCAUUCAGUUUGCCCAACAGUUGUCCAUGGCAAAACGUCGAACUCUGGAGGAUCCUGAGCUUUACCAAAUAGAAAAAUAUCUCACGAGAAACGAGCAACGUAAUCAUCGUAAAAUGGUACGAUGUAGACUGAGUGAAAUGCCGGGAAAGUUGGAUCAUGCAACGGUUGUGGCUUUUAAAGUGGGAAUUUGGCCAAUUGAUGAUGACUCCAUCUGUGAAGUUUCCUUGUCGGCUGAUGAUAAUUCUGAUGGUUCACUUACUACAUUACACUGCAAUAACGAUGAAAGUGAAGAUGGAGUGACUAUAAGCAAGUUACCCAUGGUUGGAAAUGUAUAUGAAGAAGUGACAUUGAAUUUGAAUUUUGUUGUAAGGAAUGAUUUUAAUGCAUAUGCAGAAAGUUUCAUCGUAUGCAAUAAUAAUCUAGAAACAUCAGUUGUCAAUUUGAAUAUGGAUGUCAACUCUGUAUCGUCUGAAUUAAUGGAAGUCAACAAAGGAAGAGUAAAUAUAAGUCGUCCAUGCGAAGGAAUGCCGGCUUCAAUGAAAUCAGAUGAUAAGGUCCGCAGACAACAUCCUCGUGGAUCUGUUGGUCGUCACACGCUUUCAGUAGAUGUAGCGUGGUUAAAAAAAUUCGUCGCACUUAAAAACUCCACGAACGCAACUGUGAACGAAGAAGAAAAUAAAACUAAGAUUCCUUAUCCCGUAGAAACUGAUAGACCACAGUCUCUGUCAUUGGGUCAACGUUUACGUAGUUUGAUGGGUUCAGCGCGAAGCGUUAUUCAAACAAGUGUCAGCGCAACACCAAAUAAUGAAUUACCUCCACGAAGCCGAUUCACUAAGAAAAUAUCAUCUGCCAAUUCCUCACCAAGAAAAAAAUCACAAGCUUAUUGA